CGCGUCACGUGAUGACGUGCGUUUCAAACCCCGGAAAGGAGAACAGGGCAGCGAGAAAUAAAUAAACAUAAAUAAAUCAGCGGAACAUUAAACCUCCAAACUUCAUUAAAAUCACACUCGAGCAGCAGCAGCAUGGACGACACGCUUUUCCAGUUGAAGUUUACAUCAAAACAGUUGGAGCGACUGGCCAAAAAGGCAGAGAAAGACUCAAAAACCGAACAAGCUAAAGUGAAAAAGGCUCUUCAGCAGAAGAAUGUGGAUUGUGCUCGAGUGUACGCAGAGAACGCCAUUCGCAAGAAAAACGAGGGUUUAAACUGGCUGAGAAUGGCGUCUCGUGUGGACGCCGUGGCCUCAAAGGUCCAGACGGCAGUGACCAUGAAAGGGGUGGCGAAAAACAUGACCCAGGUGACUAAAGCUCUGGACAAGGCUCUGAACUCCAUGGACCUGCAGAAAGUGUCGGCUGUUAUGGACAAGUUUGAAACUCAGGUUCAGAAUCUGGAUGUUCACACCUCGGUGAUGGAGGACUCGAUGAGCUCGGCCACGACUCUGACGACACCGCAGGACCAGGUGGAUGAUCUGAUUCUUCAGAUCGCAGAGGAGAGCGGUCUGGAGGUUAUGGAUCAACUCAGUCAACUGCCGGCCGGAGCUACGGCGCUGGGAGAGACGUCAGUACGCUCGCAGGAGAAAGAAGACCAGCUCUCUAGACGGUUGGCUGCCUUACGUCACUGAUGGUGUGGAUUUAAUAAAACCCUUCUAGCUCAAGAGGACUUUAUCACAACGUUUUAUUUGAUAUCUGAGUCGAUCUAUGUAUGCACAUCACUCACGUUUGAUAAAACGACAAACAACUAUUCUCUCUCUUUCCAUCUGUGGUGUUUUAUCUGGCCUCUUUAUUCAUCUGUGUCCCUGUCAUCAGACACGGCUUGCUUGUUGGGCAGAAAUAAUCACGUUUUCACACACAACUGUGUAUAGGGAGGUUUUCUGGUGUAAUUUCUGUUCAUAUAUUUACAAAUGAAAGAGAGCAUAGUGUCACACAGUCCGUGAAAUAUUUUAAUGGCACUGAAGAGAUUGGUUUUAUUUUCUUCUUUCUUUCCGUGUUUGCUUUGGUUCUUCAUGCCUUUUUGUCUAGCACACAUCAGGUGUGCUUCUUCAGAUCAUUGCCUCCAUCAAACAUGUCAAAGAGUCAUAAACACCAACAAACACAUGAUCUUAUGGCUCUGUUUUUACAUCGAUCUGGUUAGUGUUUCUUCAUGUAUCUGCUCCACUGAAGGCUGGUUAUACACCGAAUUUCUUUGUUUUAUUUGUGCAUUUGUUGUGUAAAUAAAGUCAAUCAAAUAUUA